AUCAAUAACUCCAUGUGUGCAGCAGGGAGCUGCGCCGGAGCCCUGGGUCCAGCGGGAGGGGGGGGAAGCGCCGUCAGCCCGACCCUCCCCUCCUCGGAGCUGUCAUCAGCCGCACGGAAAACCCUUCCCAAGUUACUGAGCCUGAAUCCUGCAGGAUCCGCCGGGGCGGCAGCAUGGCACAGCCCUGCCCGGUGCCCAGCGCCAGCCCUCCAUGGCAGGACACGGCCCCGGGGCCACAAACCCACCCCAGGGACAAGUGGAGCAAAAAGAUGGAUUUCCUGCUCUCGGUCGUCGGGUUCGCUGUGGAUCUGGGCAACGUGUGGCGGUUCCCUUACAUCUGCUACCAGAACGGAGGGGGAGCCUUCCUCAUCCCAUACACGCUGAUGGCUGUUUUCGGAGGGGUUCCCCUCUUCUACAUGGAGCUGGCGCUGGGGCAGUUCCACAGGACCGGCGCCAUCCCCAUCUGGAAGCGCAUCUGCCCCAUCUUUAAAGGCAUCGGCUUUUCCAUCUGCAUCAUUGGCCUCUACGUCUCCUUCUACUACAACACCAUCAUCGCCUGGGCUCUCUACUACCUGUGCUCGUCCUUCUCGGGCUCCCUGCCCUGGGCCAGCUGCGACAACCCCUGGAACACACCCGACUGCACCAACUACUUCGGGAGGAGCAACGUGACCUGGACCAACUUCUCCAGGUCCCCCGCUGAAGAGUUCUACACGAGGAAGGUCCUGGAGGUCCAGAAGUCCGGGGGUCUGUAUGAUGUGGGGGGGAUCCGCUGGCAGCUGCUGCUCUGCCUGUUCCUCAUCUUCACCAUCGUCUACUUCAGCCUGUGGAAAGGGGUGAAAACCUCUGGGAAGGUGGUGUGGGUGACGGCCACGCUGCCCUACGUUGUCCUCCUCAUCCUGCUGGUCCGAGGGGCCACCCUGCCCGGGGCAUGGAGAGGGGUCCUCUUCUACCUGCGCCCGGACUGGGGCAAGCUCCUGAGCACUGCGGUUUGGGUGGAUGCUGCCGCGCAGAUCUUCUUCUCCCUGGGCCCCGGGUUCGGUGUCCUUCUCGCUCUGGCCAGUUACAACCCCUUCCACAACAACUGCUACCGGGACGCGCUGGUAACCAGCGCAGUGAACUGCCUCACCAGCUUCCUCUCGGGCUUCGUCAUCUUCACCGUGCUGGGCUACAUGGCUGAGAUGAGGGACGUGGAGGUGGAGGAUGUCGCCAGAGACAAAGGGCCCAGCCUCCUUUUUAUCACCUACCCUGAAGCGAUCGCCAACAUGGUGGGAUCCACCUUCUUUGCCAUCAUCUUCUUCGUGAUGAUGAUAACGCUGGGGCUGGACAGCACGUUCGGGGGCUUGGAGGCCGUGAUCACGGCCGUGAUGGACGAGUACCCGCAGGUCCUGGCUGGGCGACGGGAGCUCUUUGUGCUCGGCCUCAUCACCGUGUGCUUCCUGGGCUCCCUGAGCACCCUCACCUACGGGGGAGCCUACGUGGUGAAGCUGCUGGAGGAGUUUGGAGCUGGCUGCUCCAUCCUGGCCGUGGUGCUCCUGGAAACCAUCGCUGUGUCCUGGGUUUAUGGGAUACAGAGGUUCUCCCACGAUGUGAAAGCCAUGCUGGGCUUCACCCCGGGGGUCUUCUGGAAGGUGUGCUGGGUGGCCAUCAGCCCGGCCCUGCUGGCGUUCAUAGUGAUCAGCUCCCUCCUGGACCAGCCGCCGCUGACCCUCUUUGAGUAUCAGUACCCUGAGUGGAGCAUCUCAGUGGGGUACCUCAUAGCAGCAUCGUCCUUCAUCUGCAUCCCCCUCUACAUGGUGUACAAGCUCGUCUGGACACCGGGGUCACUCAAGCAGCGCCUCGCUGUCUGCCUCUGGCCGGAGAAAGCCGCAGGAGCGCCGCAGGCAGAGGCCGUGCCCAUGUCUCCUGUGCUGUAACCCGGCGGCACGUCCAGGGGAUGCAGAGACUGCCCCGGCCUCCUGCCCCUGCCCUGCGUGAGCCAUGGGGCAGGCACAAGAGCCGCUGCCAUCGCCCUGCUCACACCAAACCGCCCCCCCGCGUCUCCCCUGGUGCCGCUCUCAGGUCCACAGCAGGGACCACGGGGCCCACCGCUGGCUCCCAUGGGCUGGAAGUGAAGAGGCCAAAGGAGCUCC